UGUGUGAUUUUGCGUGUCUACUCUCGUCUCUUCUGCAAGUCGUCUUCUUGUUUGUGCAGAGCUUUCUCUGUCCUGAACGACCUGAACUAAGAGUUUAUGCACCACUCUGGACGUCAGCAGAUCAAUGAUGAGUUUGCUGAAGUUAUCUGAGUCGAAGUGGAGGCUGGUACUGAGCGCUCUCCUUGUUUGCGCUGUAGUCUUUGAGUCGGACGCCAAAGAAGAGAAGACGACUCAUGGAAGAAUGUCCACACCAAAGAAAGCAACAAAUAAAAGACAAAGAGCUGAGAUGGUUAAAGCAAAGAUCAAACCUACAGCAGCAGCUCAGACCAAGACAUCACUCACACAAGUUCUUGGCAGAGGUGUUUUCAAGAAAGUGGGAGAGACCCUGAGUGUGCAGACAGGAGACACACUGCGCCUGAGGUGCAGGGGUAAACCUGUGCAGUGGAGUGUCCCCCUUUAUGUGGAGGAGGAUGAAGGACGACUUGUGAUUGUCCAACAAGAACGCUUUAGCCUCCUCACAUUAGUCAACACAACUGUUGCAGACACAGGGGAGUAUGCCUGUUAUCCCAUGUAUUGUGAGGACAAAGACUGCAGGAGGGAAUACAACAAAGCUAUCAAAGUCUUCAUCUUCUUUCCAGACCCACGAGAAUUAUUCACCCCGUCAUCUAGCCACUAUGAAAUUAUCCAGCUGAGAAGCAACUGGCCGACAGUCCUCCCCUGCCAGGUGACGUCGCCUGAGGCGAAAGUCACUCUGCACCGUGAGUUCCCACCGGGAGAAGUGUCAGUGGACGGGACGGAGAUCUCCUUCAACAACAGGAAGGGCUUCGCCAUCCAUCGGCCACGGCCGCAUCACGCCGGGGUAUUGCACUGUGUGGCUACUCUGGGAAACCUGAGGCAGAGCUCCACCAAGUACAUCCUCAUCUAUGUCAACUACCCCAUGGCUCCUCCUGCUCCAUUGGUCCAGGCCUCAUCAAGCUCGGUGGCUGUGGGGGGCAACCUGCGUGUGACCUGCAGUGCAGUGGCAGAUCGAGACGUUUUCAUAGAGUUCAACUGGGAAUACCCAGGACAGCAGGUCGGGAGGCCUCUGUACACGGAGGAGACGAUGAUCCCGGUGGGCGGAGAAGCUUCUCGGCAGCAGUUCCAGUCCGUCCUCCAGGUGGAUGAGGUGAGGGUUGUGGACCAGGGGACGUACACCUGCACUGCCCAGAACCUUCAGGGAGCCAAGUCGGUGUCCACCACUGUUAAAGUUGUCCCCAAAAGUAAGAAACUGCUGGUGUGAUCCCCAGCUGGACGGCAUCACUGAAGGGACAGAGGCUGUUGGUCAGAGCAGUCUCUUCCCCUGUCAGAGAAUGAGAAGUGAAUUUGUCACAAGCUGAGAAACAUUCACUGCAAUGUUCUCCUUCGGAGGCUGUGAGUGAUGAAAUGGUGAUGCAACAUAGAUGCAAGAUGAAUAUCAAAUGCUCAAAGUCGGAUAAUAAAACUUUUUACA